AAAAUUUUUUUUAGUCAUUAUGCCGCGGUACUAUCCCAAACAAGAGAAAAUUGUUGAUUUCGACAACAUUUUGGAGGCGAUCAAGUCGGUGAAAAUACAUCACAACAGCGUUCGACAAUCUGCGACGGCACACAAAAUUCCGAGGACCAACCUGAUGCGUUUUAUUGCAUCAUUUGAUGGUGCGAGCAUCGACGUUACUACUGCCAAUGCCGAUGUAAUGAAGAAUUUGCUGGCUGAAAGCACGACGAUGGGCACAAAACCAAUCUUCAACAUCGAACAAGAGAAGGCGCUGAUAAGCUACAUUCUCCAGGCCAGCGACAUCAACUAUGGAAUUAGUUUGAUGGAGCUUCGUAAGCUCGCGUAUGAAUUUGCUCGGAAAGUUGGCGCGUCGUAUCGGGAUCCAUGGAACGACAAUCAAUAGGCGAGUAAGGAUUGG